CUCGCUAAAUUAUAUUACUAUUUUCCGGCUUGCAAUGGGUAGCUCCUAUAGAAUCACCUAUUUAAAAUGGAAUAGCCCCUAAUAAGUAACUUCCUUCUAGCCCGGGUAGAUGACUGUAUUCUAACUACAUACAGUAAGACGUUGAGGUGUAGUCAUUUUCUUUAGUCCUUCAUGUCACAUGCACGUGAACCAACUACCCAGGAUUAUUCUGUGAAUUUGACGUACAUGUAUAUAAUAUUACAAUCAUUUGAGCACUAUGAGUAUUGUUUUGCUUUAUUUGCUGUGUGCAUGUAGUUGCCUCCUCGAUGAAUCUUUUAGUCAACAAUACGGCCACCAUAAUAUGCCAGGUGCUGGGGCAGGUCCCAGACCACGACUGCCAACACAGCCGCCUGCUGCUCAACCAGAUGCUGUACCAGGAUUACCCAGUUUACCUACUAGACCACUUGACAAGCCUACUCCUACGACAAGGCUUCCUACAAGCGAAAAACAAACUACAAAGCUGCUGUAUAUGCCACAGACAUCACAACAAAUAUCAACUGAUCCUGUUCCUGUACCAUCAAUCCCAUCCACUGACAAACCCAGGACUGUAUCAAAUACUCCAAGUUAUCCACGGAGCUGUACUCCACAGCUAUGCAAGAAUAAAGGCCGAUGUGUCUACAACCAAUUCAAUCAGCCUCAGUGCAAGUGUAGAUAUUUCUACUUCGGGAGCUUUUGUGAGGUUAUUGUCUCACCACCUAAGAACAUCAGUAUGACUCAACUCAGCCCUGAAGAAGUGCAAAUCAGCUGGGAGAUGCCAUCCAAGGUCAAGGAAAUGGAAGGAUUUAUUGUACAAUAUAAUGAGUUUGGAGACAAUGAUGUUACCUUCAGUCAGAUGAUCCAUCCAUCAGUCACUCAGUUCACAUUGAGGAACCUGAAGCCUGGGAGGCAAUACACGAUCUGCAUAAGCAUUGUGUUUCACAAUGUGUCACUCAACAAAGAGGCGGUGCUACGAGAUCAGUGCCGGGAGAUACAAACAAAACAACUCUCACUGGGUGAAAAGGGUAUAUCAGUACCAGUAAUGGCUGCAAUCAUUGCCUGUGUGAUCUUGUUUCUCUUCAUCAUUAUGACAGUUGCCCUUUUUGUGCAACGUAAAUGUUUGAAGCAGAAAGUUAUUCCACUGCGUGGAUUGAGACAUUGUUCUACAACAAGAGGCAGUGUGAACUGGGAAAGGGGCAUGCAACCUUCAAGUAACACUGAGUCUACACCCACAUGCAGUGAUGAAUAUGACACAGCUAAAGUGCGGCUUCCCUUAACCCAUGGUAUUGAGGGAUUUAGACCCAUCAAGCCCAACACAAAUCCGUUCUUAAGUCCACCUUCAAUGCAUUCAUGUGCCGAUAUAAAUGAACCAUAUUAUGGCAAUUUAUUUCAUGGCAAUAACUCCCAGGUCAUCAUGUUGACACAACAGACGUGUGUUUCUCAUGGUUCAUCUGCACCACCUGAUGUGACUGACACCAACCCUUCAUGUAGCUCCUCUCACCUAGCACAAUGCACUCCCAGCAGACGAUUGCAACGGAUUGGAAGUGUCCCACCAGCCAAUAUUCGGGCUCUACCUGUAACUAUUAGCAACCAUGUCAUGCGCUCAGCGAAUGUACGAGAUAUGGAUGCAAGUGGGGAAUUUGAUUUGCACAGGACAUACUUCUUUCCAAAGUUUUAAAUCUGCCAGCAUUUAUAGAGCAAUCAGACUACUAUCAUCAAAUCUUAAUUUGUGAAUUGAGUCAAAACUUAACUGUCAACAAAGAGAGUAACAAUAGUACAACGAAUGGUUAUGAUUUCAUUUUCCAUUUAAUGCAAAUACAAUCACUUUUAAAAAAAAAAAAUGAAGGCUGAAGAAUGUAAAUGAUUGGCCACAUUUUUAUACACUCAGAACAGCCAUACGGUUGCUACGGCCGAUUUGUAAGGCUAAUGUAAUACUUUAUUUUGAAUGAAAUAAGCUCAAAUUACCGUUACACGGAAAUGUUGAUGUUCGCGGGCAAAAUCUUUAAACAUCAAUUUCUUCCGUUUUGAAGACCGUAUUUUCAUGCCACUUUUGGCAUGAAAGUUUGUUUCCCUUAUAAUGAUCCAACUGUUUCAAUAUGUUCAGUAUGUUUCAUUCACAUUGAAAAAAAAAAAUGUCUAGCCUCACAAAUAUGAAUAAGGUUCCUAUCCAUAUGUGGUGUGUAGUAAAAAUUUGUAUAACUCUGUCCUUCACAAUUUAUUUAUUAAUAAAUGUCAACCUUUUUGGCAGGCUUCCAUUGGUUGAUACUGAGACCCACACUAAGUCAUGCCGAGUCACGCCAAUGAAUAUGCUAAUAACGCGCCACGUCACCAUUGCAGCAAAAUCCAAUGUACUGGUUGUAGAUACCACGUGUUGUUUUGCUCAGAAAAAAUCUGAGUCAAAAUUUACCUUGGUGAUAGUACAAGGUGUAGCACAAGCAUUUGCAACAACAUAUUAAGCUAAAAUUCGGAUUAUACUUAGAUGAUAUUAGAGUUCAAGUACUCCUGAAAUAACAACUUCUAAGGAUUCCUAAAAAUUGAGAUAAGUUAAUAGAUUUGGGCACCUAAUUUUCGAACGAUUUUUCCAUGACUUUUAGGUCAGCUUUUCCAGUGACCAGCAUUGAUGUUUCUGCAUCAAGUUUAAGAUUUCUUUUGCUAUUACAACUUAACAUUUCAAUCAUACUGAGCACAUGUUUUGAAAAACACAACGUUCAAAAAGUGUGGGGGUUUUUUUUGGGGGGUGCAAUCACUUCACUGCUCUGUCGAUGGCGUCCAGUUACGUUAUUAGAUUACCUUUGCUUAUCAACGCACGAUGUAAAGCCUUCGCAACCGUAAGACUGCAGAAGUAACAAUCUAAGCCUGUGUUAAAAAAUACUGUAAGUGAAACUUGCGCAAUCCCCUGGCAUGCUGGCAGUUUUUAUACAGUCAGUUAGUACGGAUACUGGUCAGUGUCCCUAACCAAAAAGAAAGAUUUCUAUUGUUUUAGCAAUACUGACCUUGACCUUUGACCUGUCAGCCCCAAAAGCAGUAGGCUUGACAAGACUACCAACAGCAACCCACAAACCAAAUUUCAAGUUCCUAAGUAAAGUAUUUCUCAA